CGCAAAAGCAUGGAAGCUUUUCGCCUAUUGUGCAUUUUCCCAUACAUCUCAGACUCUGCAGCUCAUACCUCUCGGAAGCUUUUCUGUCAAUGCCGGAUUCACUGCCUGCUGUUAUGAAACAUCCCUGACGUGUAUUUCCUAAUAAUCUUUGGCAAAUGGCGCAUUCAGGAAAGACUUCCCAUGAGGGAAGAAGAGCCAUUUCAAGACAAAGAACAGGAAGCGAUUCAAACGAAGUCGAAGAACUUUCUGAGUACAGCUUUGAAGUUGAAUCGGCUGAUUAUCUGAAACACACAAGUACUCCCCAAAGGCGAGACACAAUGUCUCGCGAAUUCGUGAAGGAAAUAAACACGAGCGAGGACACUGGAGAAGAUACCUCGGAUAUUAUACGAUCCCGAAGGAGGUCUUCGCUACUGGAAAAUAAAACUAACUGGGAAUCAAGAAAGGCUUCGCAUGAAUUCCGCUCCGAUGGAGUCUUCAACCACGAAGAGAUCGAGAGUCCGGAAAUCCUCGAGAAGAAGAGAAAGCGUAGGCUAUCGAGACGAAGACGAAGUGGGAAUCGGUCCCUUGAAUUGUCAAAAGAUCCGGAAGAAAAUAGAAAGAGAACUUCCAGUAGAGCUCGACGAUCUUCCACCUUGAAAUCAGGAACCACAGAGGGUACGGAAAGAUCUAGAAGAAAAGGAAAACGCUUUCAGGGUGAGGGCGAAGAGGUCGAACUUCCCAUCGCGGAAAUAUUGAAGAAGGCUCAGCAGAAUAAACGGACGAAGUACGAGGAGCCGAUCCCCUUAACUGAACUAACGUCGGAUACGAUCUAUGUUCAAGGCAGGAAUGGGUUUAGCGCUAUGAAGAUAAGAGGCGGUCGUUCUGGUUCUGCUAGUAGAAAAAAAGUUGAAAAAUCAGCGGGAUCCUAUUCUCAUCCUAUAAGAGUUGCGAUCAUGGUUCAGAAGGUCUGGAGGUGCACCGGUUUUAUCUAUCAAGGUCUUUUAGCUGGAAUGGCUUUUAUGCACUUCAUCUUGCUUCAAACAUACUUCGAUGACUCGUCAAAGUUUCUCUUGGACUAUUCACUCAUCUGUGAAAUUUACACGAACAUCUUCUCCUUUCUGAUCAUCAUGUGCAUCAUUGCUAUCUUUGAUAAAUUUGACCUCGCUCAUCUGGAUGGGGACAAUCUACGAGAGAUCUACAUCAAUGAAGCUAAAUCUGCAGUAGCAAUUCCCUUGUAUUUGAUCACAUUCUGCUUACACCAAGUAUCUCUAAGGGUCGAUGAUAAACUCUCUCUGAUAUACUACAAUGCGAGUGAUAGUGGUAUCAAUGAAACGGCUUUGAAAAGCUUUACCAACGUUGAAGUUCCUCUCGACGAAAUGAUGACCUGGCAGAGAAUGACACUAUCAAAGGAUGUUCUCGCCGUGUUAGCUUGGCUCUUUGUUUCCCUUGGUACUCGAGAUGACAUGUUGUUGGUACACAUCGAAACCAUGGAGAAAUAUGCCGAGAAUCUGCCCCCAACGAGAUGAAUCUAUCGAUCCAGCUGACUAAGUGAGAAUCCAAAAACCGCAUUGAAAUGUUUUAAUUUUUUAAUUUUCAGGCUCUAAAUCCGCAAUGGAGCCCGUGCCAAAUGUACUAAUAAUGUUUUUUUUUGUAAAAAAAUCUAUAAACAAGGAGCGGAAUAAAGCCACUGUGAAGUCAGUUGAGGAACGCAGCUCGAUUCUCACAUUCGG